GCCCGGGCCUGACCGGGCCUGAGGGGCUGCGCGGAAGGGGAGGUCGCGGGCUGGGCACGGCGCCUGGGGCCGCCUCGGCAUCACGGCAGCGCUUGUAGCCGGCGAAUUUGCCCUGGCCGCGCUAAGGCGCUCUCUUAUUUCUUUAUUUUAAUGAAAAAAUACACGGAAUAAUUCUGCCGUGCAUCGAGAGGGAUUUCACGAUUGCCACUGAAACGCCUCGACGUUGGCUUUAACAACUGUAGCACCUGGGGAGUAGUGAUACAGUGAAUGUCCCCUGUGUGCCAUCUUAAGCAUCACGAGGUUUUUUUUGUUGCUGUUGUUUGCUUGGCGGCAAUCUAUAAGUUUAUUAUUUAGUUUUGUAUUAUUUAGAUAUGUCUGUCCCCUCAUGUACUGCCUAUCAUCAGUUCUCCUGGAAUGUUUCAUUAUGUGUCUUUCCUUCUUGCCUGCUUUCUUUUUUCUAUGACUUAAAAUUGGGAAAAUGGUGACUUGCUAAAGCUUCCCUUCCCUGGUUUUGAAUUAAAUAUCACUAGAAACAGAAGGCACAUCUUCGAUCUGUCAGAAGAUUUAAUUUGGCUUGUAAACCAAAUAAGAUAGUAUUAAGAAUGAAUCUUAUGUCUGAUCACCAAAGUAUGAAUCGUGGUUCCUGGACUCUUUCAUUUUCUGUUUUUAUUAUUAUUAUUAUUAUUAUUAUGUUAUUUCUCAUUUUGUGUGUGUCAUAUUAUAACUGGCCGGUAUUACUCUGGCCAGUGUCCAUACUGUAUCACCUACUUCUCUGGUGUGUUGGAAUGUGAUCUUAAUGAGUUAUGCUACAUUGGCCCUAAUGGUGGCUGUUAUUCCCCAAUGAAUUUUUAAAGCAAUUUAGAGCCUUCUGUUUUUUUGCCAAAAUUAAUGUUUUUCUUCUUAAACUUAAUGUAGUUGAAAUUUGGUCCCCCUCCUGGAGCAAGAUAACUCCAAAUGCUCUGCACCCUGCAUUGUCACUCUUGUCACUUCUAGCACCAGGGUGGUGAAAAAGUGUCCAUGUGCACACACAGCUUGUUGAUGCUUGUGAGGAAAACUCCCGUGUGAAGCAGUGUGGCUUCUUAUCAUAGAAUUAUAGAGUAUCCUGAGUUGGAAAGGACCCACAAGGAUCAUUAAGUCCAACUCUUGGUUCCACACAGAACCAACUAAAAUUCAAAGCCUGUGUCUGAGAGCACUAUCCAAAAGAUUCUUGAACCCCGCAACUUGGAGCCGUGCCCACAGCCCUGGGCAGUCCAUUCCGUGCCCACCGCCCUCUGGUGCAGAACCUGUCCCUAACCCCCAGCUGCCCCUCCCCUGACACAGCUCCAUGCUGACCACUUGGAUCCUGUUGCUGUCACAGAGAUAGUAUUGUUACUGUGAUCCAUGAAAAAAGCACUGAUCAGAGUAGAUUUCCGAAUAGCGGUGGUGCUUGUGGUAGGUGAAAUAGGGCCAUCUUGAAAUCUGUAGGAAAUAGUAAAAAUCAUUUAAAAAUAUGUCUGCAUUGGCUGGGGAAAUAACAGCUUAAGGAAUGAUCUGCAUCUUCAUUUCUAACUGUUUCCUCUGGAAAUAGAAUACCACAACAGUUCCUCCCCCCAGUUGUCUUGAGCUGUUUGUAGCACCUUCAUCAAGCAAGUUUUUGUAAGGAAACCAUUUAUUUCAGCAGUCUGCAGUUUGUCCUAAGUAGAGCCUGGCAGAAGCAAUGGCAGUAGGAUCAAAUUUUGAGAGGGAGGCUAUUUAACAUUUCCUGGAGAAGGGUGAGAAAAUGUGUGUGGGAGUUGGUACAGCCAACUCUAGAUGGUCUUAAGCUUUAUGUUUUGUUUAGCAGUGUUCUAGAAUUUGCAGUCAAAUUAGUAAGCUGUAGGGUAUCAUAAUUUGAUUUAGCUUCAAGCCAGCGUGAGCUUAGGAGCCUGGAAUGGUCCAGUGUGACCUAAAGUCUGGGCUGUUGUUGCCUUAGAGGCAGGCUUUUAGAUCAACCAUUCCAAAGUUUUUUGGGCUAUUGAAUCUUCUCCCUGCCUUCGCAUCACCUUACACGCUACAAUGUACCUAGGUUAGACUAGUAAUUGAAUAUUCUGUUUCAUUCUGUUUCAUGAACAAGCUGUAAACAGCUUCUCAUAACCCUGGAGAGUGCUGUUCAAAAGCUGUGUUAAGACAGCAGCCAGUACCCAAGGUUGCUAGUGAAAAUGGUGCCUGUUUCUCUUUUGUCUUUGUUGCUUUCACACUUCCAAUUUGAGUCAGAUUUCCAGUGAUGCAGACUAGUGCUAUUUUUGAAUAGAGUGAAGUUAGAAUUUUUUACAUCUGUGUAAGAAAUAAAUUUGUUAUCUACCAUUUUCCCAAUGGGGAAUGAGAAAUCAAUUUUUGUUCCUGUCUCUCACUGUCUUGACAACUUGCACAUUAAGGUAGAAAGUCUAUAUGUUCUGUUACUGAGACAACACUUCUGAUUUAGGAAACAGCAAUAUGGAAAUGGUGGAUAGGUCGUAAGUGUACUGAAUGGAUGCCUGAAAAAUGUCAAUAUGGAGCAGCUGUGAAAAUUAAGGCAAUUAAAAACAAAACAAAUAGCUACCACUACCAAAACCCAACCCAGCAAACCUGCCAAAUUGGAGCAUACGUCUUUCAUUUUUCUCUUCAAGAUUUCCUCACAUCCUUAAUUUUCCUUUUCCUGACACUCUUUGCUUUUUUCUUUUUUUUUUUUUUAUCCUAGAGUUACAGUCUUGUGACCCCUGGUUCAGACUAGCUUCUCCCCCAUUGCUCUGCUUUACCUAUCUGCUUUUUGUUGCUAGAGAGCAAUACCAAGAACUUUUCUUCCCUCGUGGUCUGAAUUUGCUGUUUGCGGAGAGUCUUUUUCUCAACCUGAUACGAUGAGAAACCACUGCUAGUUUUUCUUAGACUGAUAGUAUGAGCACUUUCUCUAAUGCAUGCCUUUUUUUUUUUUUUUUCCAUCUGCUACUGCAGUGAUUUGCUUAUUGCAGCAGCAGAGAAACGUAUUUUUGCUGAAGUGUUUGCUAUGUUCACUAUGAGUGUUCCAAGGGCACCUUCGUCCCUUGGCGUAGCUGAGGCAACUGUGUCUGUAGGAAAUGAAAAUGUGAUUCAAGCCCUCCUUCUUCUAUGGACCACUGUUCAACUACUGUGUUCUUCUAUGAUUUUAUGCAAAAAUAGAAAAGAUGAAAUCUGUAUAUAUGUUUUUUCAGUGCUGAUUCCUUCCUCAAGCAGAGCUUGGCAAAUUUAUUACAGAUGAGAUGCGGACAAGCAGUGACUUGAAACGUGACUGAGACAGCCGGCCUGACUGUAGUCACUUCCCUGGUCUUAGAGUUGUGCCAGACAGGCCAAGAGACUGGCAUGGACAUGUUGUUAUACAAGUUUAGUAGAAUUAAUUUUAACUUAGGUCAUCUGCUCUAGGUUUGGAAUUGGGAUUCUAGUUUGUGAAACUUUAUCUAUUGCAACUUAAACCCUAAAGAGAUUUAGUCAUCUGCACUUAAUUUACUACGUGAACUUUGACUUCCAUACUAAAUAAAUAGAUUGUGCUUCAAGAUUCUUUUCCUGGCUCGUACAUGAGAAGUUCUGUAUUAAUAGUGGAGUGCUUGUGAUUUCUUCUGCUCUUUGUGUUUUGCUGUCCACUAAAUGUACGUUGGUGACAACUGCUGUCACUUAAAGCACCUAACCUAUUGCACUCAAAGUAUAAUGCUUUUUGAGGUUGCUGCUCCCAUCAAUCUGCUCAGUAAAAAUAGCUCAUCUUGUAAUGGAGGGGAAAGUUCGAGUCGCAGCGCAGAGAAACGGGCGGCUAAUGAAGAAGCUGAAGACUUCACCACAAAGCCUGCACCUGCCAAAAUGUCCAAGUUUGGAUUUUCCAUAGGCAGUCAGACAGCAAAGAAGGCAUCUGCAAUAUCCAUCAAACUAGCAGCAAAUAAGCCUAAAGAGCCCGUUCCAACCCUUGCUCCAAAAACCCUUUCUGUAGCAGCGGCUUUCAAUGAAGAUGAAGAUAGUGAACCAGAGGAAAUGCCUCCAGAAGCUAAGAUGCGAAUGAAGAACAUUGGAAGGGAUACACCAACUUCAGCAGGACCAAAUUCCUUCAAUAAAGGAAAGCAUGGGUUUUCCGACAACCAGAAGCUAUGGGAGCGAAAUAUAAAAUCUCAUCUUGGAAAUAUCCAUGACCAAGAGAAUAACUAAACAAUGUGGAUUGAGAUUUGGGUGUCUGGGGGGAGGGGAGGGUGUAACAUUAAAGGAACAGUCUCCUUUUUUAAGAAUGGUGUAAGACUAUCUUUGGAGCCACUUUUUUAAGAUUUUGAGUGGUACACUAAUAACUGAGUUUGAAAUUAGAGGUAAUUUAUGUUUUGUAUACAGAUCUCAAGGCAUUUGCUAAUUUUGUAGUUCCAUGUGAUUAGUUUCAAAAGGUUACAGAUAAUAAAGAAAUUGGAGUGGUACCUUUUUAAGAUUUUUUUUUUAUUUUUGUCAGUGAUUAAUUAAGGUGAAGGAAAAAGGUUACUGUCUCUUUAAUCAGGUUAACGUAGAGUGCUCUUGCAUUCUUAUUUCCGGCUCCCUCUUCCUAACAGGAGAAACAGUUGGCUCCUGGGAAUACUGCUAAAGAGUGAGCAUUGUCUUGUGCUAGAAGUGUUACUGGACUAUUAAUUUGAAUAAGAACUUAAACAGGAAACAUUAAGAACCUGGAUUUAUUUUUUUUCCCCUGCAAUUAACUUUUUGUUAAGUCUUUGCAAAUUAGAAAUUAUGUUGCUCUGAGUGGCUCUGGUAACUUAGCUCUAAUUUUGUUUAAAACUUCAUGUAGGAUGUGUAACAUUCUGUGGCCUGUUUCACACUGAGGAAAUGGGCCUUGUCUGUAUAUUAGAUACAGUCUGUAAAGAAUAUUCACUACAAGGAUAAAUCAGUAUUUUCAAUGUGCUCCUCUUAAGUCAUUAGCCUUGAGUAGUGCUUGUUAGCAUUUCCUCGUGAAUUAAAUAGAGACUAAUAUUAAAUGCAGCAAUGAGUGGUACACAAAGGCCACCACCAAAAGGACAAGAUAAUGUACGUUAAGCUUCCCAUUUGGUUGAAAUAGUUUUCUUUACUAUGCCUAGAAGGAAUAAAAGCCACACCAAAAAUCAAUAACUCACUGCUUAAGUAUGAAAAAUCUUAAGAUGCACUUUCCCUGUCUUGCCGUGUAAAACAAAAUGCCUUGAUGCCUGUGUCUUUAGUGGAUGCUAUCUGGUUUCAAAAAAUCCUGGUUUUGCAGUCCUAAUGCGUGUAGUAUCAACUAGAAAUAAAACCCAUCCUCUUCCUGUCUGUCUGCCUUUUGCAGUAAUUUGGAAAAAUGACAAAGUACAGCUGCAACAACAACAAAAAAAGCUUGAAAAAACGUAAGGUUCUUUCUGGACUCCAAUACCUGAUAGCAUCAACAACUGCUUUCAUUUUAACCUGGAACUGAUUGUAGAGUUCGGUAUAUUAAUUGCUUUCAUCCUCUCUCUAAAGCCUUUCUUCAUGUUAAAUUUAAACCUGCAAGUGCAGAUAGGAAAGUGCAUCUUCAGUUGUAUUUUUUUAUUUUAUUUUAGGAAAGCUCUGACCACUUAGACUUUUGAGUUUGUAUGUUCUAAAAAAAUAUUUUUUGUAUUUUUGUAUUGUAUGUGUAAUCUUUUUUCUUUUGAAGUCUGAUGCAGUUGAAUACCUGUAACUAUUUUCUUUAAAAGCCUUGUUAUAAACGUAACAUAAAAACGUAUACAUUAUUUUUUUUUUCCAUAGCAGAAAUCUUUGGUUUAUUUAAAACAAAGAAACAAACAAAACAACAGAUAACCUAACCUGGGGAUUAGUGGAGCUUGCAAGGCAAAAUGAAGCAUUUGCAUUUCACUUA